CCGUGACUUCCAUCAGUUGCAGUCAAAACUGAAAGCUCAAACUGAAGCUUUUUGGCUAUGGAGACGAACACAUCAGCUACUCGACCCGACCCAUUUCGUCUAUUUGAUGAAAAAACCCAAUCCGGGUUCGGGUUCGGGUUAGGAUUUCUUGAUGGCCCAGAAAAACCUCUUCCACCACCACCUCCUUGUGUUGAAGUACUUCCUUCACAGGUUUCAUCAAAUUUGGAGUUCAAUGUGGAGCCUGUAGACUUGGAUGGCCUUACUUUGCUCAAGGGAAGGGUUAGUACAAAGGAAGUAUUCGGGUUGUCUAAUUCAGAUUUAAUCCCUGGCAAAUAUGAAGGUGGGCUGAAAUUGUGGGAAGGCUCAUUAGAUUUAGUUAAGACUCUGAACUCUGAGAUGCAAAGCGGGCAAUUAUCAUUGGCUGGAAAAAGAGUUUUAGAGCUUGGUUGUGGUCAUGGUCUUCCUGGUAUCUUCGCCUGCCUUAAGGGUGCUUGUGCUGUACACUUUCAGGACUUCAACGCCGAGGUGCUGCAAUGCCUAACAAUUCCAAAUGUCAAUGCCAAUAUUCAACAAAACUUGUCAGCCACAGAUGACAAUAAUAGUCCCGAAGUUCGCUUCUUUGCAAGUGAUUGGAACGAAGCUCAUCAGAUUCUUCCUCAUGUGCCUGCUGAUGACGGUGACACAAAAAACAGCCAAACAGUUGAUGAGGCUGCCGGUUAUGAUAUAAUUUUAAUGGCAGAGACUGUUUACUCAGUUUCUACUCUACCUGGUCUAUACAAACUUGUUAAAAAGUGUUUACGUAGUCCUCAUGGAGUUGUAUAUCUAGCUGCAAAGAAGUAUUAUUUUGGUGUCGGUGGUGGAUCAAGGCGAUUUAUUUCCAUAGUGGAGAAAGACGGUAUAUUAGCAGCUUCACUGGUUGCUGAGGUUACAGAUGGUUCCUCUAAUUUAAGAGAAGUAUGGAAGCUCCACUUCAAGUGAAAUUUUUUCAAUAGGCUGUAAAAUGGGGAAUCAAGAUCAAGAUUGGUAUGAAAGUGAAUUGGGAAUUUUUAUUUUUAACAUAGAAGACUAAAUUGUGUUGUAUCAUUCAUAAACUAAUUUAAGGUAAGACUUUCUUGCCUUAAAAUUUUAAUUAGGUGACGAGAAAUUAUGGCUUA